AUGGAUGGGGAGGUCAGUACCACCUUGAAAAGCGCAAUAGCAAUUCAUAAAACUGCGUCACGUCUUGAUGAAGUCGACAACCUGAACUCCAUCGACAAGCGGGCUUCCAUUUUCGAUAUCUGCUUCAAAGGCUACAAUCCGCCUCCCCCCGUCAGAACUGACAACUUGUCCCGCUUCCUCAACAUUGAGGCUGCUAGGGGCGUAGCUCCAACCAAUUGGGGACAGGCAACUGGCAAUUGUCAUGUCCAAUUCCAAGCAUGGACCACCGACAACCUCGGCCAAUUCCAUGGCCGCGUUCGCCUCCGAUUCAAUCCGCUUUUCCACAUCCUUGGCGAAGAAUUCCGAUGGACCUUCAGCUGGAGACCGGGAGGCACUGAGGGGUGUGUUCGUGACGGCACUAUGAGUGUCCGAGAGCAGAGCGUUGAUUUCAGCUUUGAUAUCGAUUCCACCAUGGAGUACUUCUUCACUAUCGCGAGAGCCUAG